CUAUUAUUGAUAUUGAAUUAAAUUUAAAUCAGAAGUUAUGAAACCUCUACUAUAGUCUAUAGUUAAAAUUUUAAGUAUUCUGAGUAAAUUAGGCUACUAAUAAAUUAAGUUGAUUAGCUCUACAACUACUAGUACUUAACUGAGGCCUAGAGUUAGUAUGUAUAGUAAGUAAUCAAUUAUUAUAUUUAUAUGGUAUUAAGGGUGAGAGACUGCAGUCAUGUUAGAUAAAUGAAAAUGAGCAAAACAAAGUAUGGGAAACCCUGAAAAAAAAAAAAAUGCAACAAAACAAUGAACGUGUCGGAAAGAAGUUUUCAUCAGCAAACAGUACAAAGCAUAAGGAAAAUAAAAACCUUGCUGAAAUUUUGUAUCCAAGAGGACAACAAGGGAAAAGUAUGUUCUUUGUUAUGUUGCAUCCCUUCUCAGGUUUUCCCUAACCUUAUUUUACAUAUUUCCUUCUACCUAGCAUGAUUGCAUCCUUAUUAUCAUUUUUAACAUUAACUUGUUUCCUUUUACUUUUGUAUGCAAAAAGAAUUUCUUUAACUUUAACAAUUACAAAGUAUUAAACUUGUAUAUGCCCGAAAUAUCAGUUGAUGUUAUUAAUAUAGUUUUUUUUAAAUAAUGUUGCUUUUUUGUAUUUAUACAAGUUUUUAUAUUUAUGUGAAGAUAAAAAUUCAUAAUUAUUUUUUGAAUAAAAUUAAUAUACAUUUUAAAUUAAAGCUUUUUUUACUUUUCUUCCACAUUUUCAGAUUGAUAGAAUUUGGAAAGAAUGGCCUCUGGUGAAAGAAAGUUUCAUCCUGUCAAAAGCUCUGAACAAUUGGCUGAUUAUAUCAUCCAGUAAGCGGUAGAAAAUACUUAGCAUGCAAUAAUAUUAUCAAGUUAUUUCUAAAAUAAAUGAUUUAUUUGUUUAAAAAUUGUCUUUGUAUUUUUUACAUUUUUUAAAUUUAAUAUGCAUCUAUUUAUUAUUCUAGAUCACAGAUGGGUCGCAAUAUAUUUUAUUAUAAAGGAAAAAUAUUAAAAAGACCUUAAUUUUUUUUGUUAAUAGGGAUACUUGCUUUGUGUAUUGUAUUUAAGUUUUUUAAAUUUUAGUCUGAGGACAUUUUAUUUAAUUGGACCAGAUACAAAGUUAGAUCAGAUCCAUCCAAUCUAAUAUAAUGAUAAUAAUUUUCUUUGAUUCUCAUUGAAACAAGUCUAAUUUUUUUUUUUUAAAUUUAAUGUAAUACUAGUUAGGUGUCUGGUAGAAUUUAAGUUUGUUAGUUUUAGUGUUUAUUUGAGAUAAAAAGGUUGAUAACUGCGGCCCUGAGUGGUACAAUAAUUUUUUAUUUUUCUAAAAGAGAAGGUCUCAUCAAGCUACGAAAUCCUCACAUAAAUGAGAAAGAUGAAGAUGUUUUAUAUCACAUAGCACUUAGCAACAAAUCGCAUGAUUUAAAGGAAAUGUUUCAGGACAUUAAAGUAAGCUUUAUGAUGUGAAUUAUCAUGAUACAAAAUGUAUAGGCAGUCACCAAAUUUUUUGUUGGCUUUCAAUUAAAAAAUUUGGGCAAAUUUAUUUUUAUCUUUUUUUUUUCUUUCAUUUUCCAACAAGACAAUUUUACUACUGACAUGUAAAUUAUACCUUUCUUUCUUGAGUAAUCUUUGCCUUAAUUCUAAAUAACAUAUGUUCAUUUUAAAAUAAAAAUUGUUAUUUUAUGUAUGGGCUAUUAAUGAGUCAUAUUUUUGUUUUCAGUUUGUUUGUUUUGGUGGGUCACCUACCAGGAUGCAAAAGUUUGCUGAGUACUUAGUAACUGAGUUGAAGGUGAAGAUCCCCGCAGGACAGACCUUGUCCAACAUUGCACAGGGUUCUGACAGAUAUGUACUUUACAAAGUUGGACCCGUGUUGUCAGUCAGUGUAAGUCAAAGAGGGAAUAAUUGGUACACAAUCAAUAAUUUAAACAGACACUUAUAUUUUUUUUUGCAUGAUUUGAAAUCUGCUCAUUAACAAGAAUAAUUAAAUGUGAAUUAAAUUGUUUUCGUUAAAUAAAGAAAAAAUUAUUUUUCAGUAAAAAUUGAAAAACUUAAUUAUUUGUGUAAGAAAACGAAUACAUAAACUGUUCAAUUAUGACAGUUUUUUUUCUUUCUGAAAUUCUCUUUAAAUUGAAGACUAUUUUAAUGAUUUUAAGAUUACUAUAUUACAUUGGAAGUAAUUUCAGUUACCGUACCAUAUUUUUCCUUAAUGAGCUGAUAAUUAUGAUCUUCCUGCAGUACAGAUUUAUGCCACUGCUUUCAUAAGGAUAAUUCUGACCAAUAAGUGUUCUCCAUAGGUUCAAGAAUGAAUUACUAAUCAUGAAACACUAUCAGCGGUUUACUUUACCUCUGCAGCAUGGGAUGGGCAUUCCAUCUCUCUCUAUAAUCUUCCAUGAAAUAGUGAAACUCAUUUACCAUGCAGGAUGUAGUGAUGUCAUUUUCUUUCGUAUUGGGACGAGUGGAGGUUUGGGUAAGUGCCAAACGCAGUUUAUACCAGGAAUACUUACGUAAGAACAAAAAAAUUUGAUUUUUAAAAUAAAAAUUUUUUAACAUAAUUUUUAAAAAAUACAUAUUUUUAUCUCCAUCUGGCAUAGAUGGAGAUAAAAAUAUGUAUUUUAAAAAAAAAUAUUUUUAACAAUUUUUCAUUUUAAAAAUCAAAAAUGUUCCUUAAUUUUAUUUUAUGUAAUCACAAUAUUUUAAAUUAAUGGCCAUCCAUACAUGAUGUUACACUAUUUUGGCAGAUCUUGGAUCCCCCCCCCCCAACAAAUCAUCACAAAUGUGUCAUACAAUAUAGAUAAAAUCAUAAUACAUCAUAACAUUUUCAUGACACCCUCCCCCCUCCAGAUAUGUGACAUCAUUUAUGAAUGUCCCGGGCCCUACAAUGAAAGAAAGAGGUAGACCUCUUACCAUUUUUUGGUGGUCAAAAAGCUAAAUGCUUAAAAACACUUUAAUUAGAAUUUUUGGCUCCCUUAAUAAGAAGUUUGGGCUCCCUUUUUCUCAUUACUUUUUAAGUUAAGGAUUGGUCAUAAAUGAAGUUAAACUAAUUAUAUUUAUUUAUGAGACUAAACUUAAUGGGUCUUUUAAUUAAAAGUUUUAAACGGUUACAAAAUAUAAUUCAAUUUUUGGCUUAGUAUUGUGUAAUUUCUUUGGACAUUAACUUGCAGUCCUUUUUUUCUCUACCUGUGGUUGUGCUACCCAUUCCUCUAAUGAAUGCCACAUAUGUUAAAAUGAAUGUUUGACAGGUUUAGAGCCUGGUAGUGUUGUCAUUACAGAUAAGGCAGUGGAUGGACUUCUAAGACCUUAUAUGGAGCUGGUAAGAUUUCAUCUCCAUUUUUUUGUUUAUCCUAGUUUGCAGUAUGAAUUUAUGGGGGUAUAUCCAAAUCUGUAUAUGCAGAUUAGUUUGUCCUUGGAUGACACCCAUAUUUUUCAAUGCUGGUUGGUUUCAAAAUUAUUUGUUUGUUUUUUUUCUAAACUCAAUUCCAGUAAGUUGAGCAGGGCCUAUCAAAACAGACCCAAUAAUAAAAUUUUAUUUUAAAAAAGUAAACUUUCAAUCUAAAUGAUUUAUUUCCUUUCUAUUCAUGGUAUCAUUGUGUUCCAUAUUUACCUAGCCCACCUAUGGCAGCAAUCAGUAAUAACAAAUAGGAACCAAUCUCCUCGAUCUUUUCUCCCCGAAAAUAAAAAGUAUUUUUCUGAGUGGUCUAGAGGAAGUAUUGAAUAUUUUGGAUACCAUACUAAAUAUGUAGAUGUGUACUUUACAACAGUCAACCCUUGGAAUGGUGCUCCAACACCCAUCAAAUCUAGACCAAGAAGUCACAGAAGAGUUGCUGGCUCUAGCGGAUCCUGAGAAGGAUGGCUACAGCACCAGUGUUGGGAAAACAAUGUGCACCCUAGAUUUUUAUGAAGGUGAACUUUGAAUCCUGUAUAGAUUAUGUCUCUGAUACUCAGGUGUUGAGCUAAUAGAGGGUCAGAGUAUAGUAAUUGGGAAAUAUCCAAUCCUUGUUUUUUAAGACCAACUGGCCAUUGGCAGGAUUGUGCAAUGUUUUUUAAUCAUUAAGUGAUAUUUUGUUUGUUUAGUUCUGAUGAUUCCAAUUUUUUUUUUUAAAAAGUAGAUUUAAGAAAAUUAUUCAUUUUAUAAGUUUAUAUUUUUUUGUUUACUUAUAAUUUUAGAUACUGUUUCUUAGAAUUUAUUCAUUGGAAUACACUACUUAAAAAAAAAAUUAAAAUAACAAAAUGAAUUCAUAAAAUUAAAAUACACUAUUAAAGAGCAACUUGUUAAGUUACUAUCAAAUAUAAUUGCAUGUUUUUCAAAAGUCUGAUAGGAAAUGUCUCUUAUUUUUAGGAACUUAAAAUGGUAAAUUUGUAUAAAUUUUAUGGAAUGAUCAUUAUAUUUUUUAAUUUGAGAAUGGUGUUCAUACUCGCCAUCAAAUUUGUGUAAAACAAGCCCUGCAAUACAAAAAAUUAUAAUUUCUUUUCAAGGACAAGCCAGACUAGAUGGUGCUUUCUGUGAUUACAACGAAUCGGACAAAAUGUCUUUUCUAAGCCGAGUUUACAGCAGAGGGAUUCGUAACAUUGAGAUGGAGUCUCUGUGCUUUGCAGCUUAUUGUUACAGGGCAGGCUUGAGAGGUAGUCAUCAUUUUAGAUAUAUAAUCUUAUUAUGAAACUAAUUUUUUGAAAUUCUUCUUUGAAAAUUCAUGGGUUUGGCUGAAGUAUGGUGAUUUCAAAUUUUUCGAGCCGGUAAUAGUGUCAAGUAUGGAUAUUCACUUGUAAUUUUUGUGCACUAAAUUUUGUUUUUUAUUGUGCAUGAUUUGUCUUGUAAGUUAGUUUGGUUGAGUAAAAAUAUAUACAGGGGACUGAGUUCAAGUAAGUUCGAGCCCUUUGUGAAGUAAAUAUAUAGUGUAACAAGGUACCGUAUGUUUAGGAUUUACAAAAAAAAAAAUGAGGAGACAAUUAAACAAACAUGCUUCUUGUACUGAACUUUGAACUACCGGUAACUUAAUUUUAUCAAGUUUGACAAUCUAAAAAUGUAAUUGAUACGCCUUGCAAUAUGUUGGUAUUAGUUUAAAAAGACGAUGUUAAAUAAUAAAGAGUCAUUUCAAUUUGACAGAUUUUGGUUUUAUUUUUAGGGGCGGUGGUCUGUGUGACCUUGUUGGAUCGGCUUAAGGGUGACCAAAUAACAACUCCACAUGAAAUAAUGGAAGAGUGGCAGUCCAGACCUCAAAAACUGGUGUGUGCGUACAUAAAACGCAAACUGGGGAUUGAGUAGGAUGCAAUUAUACACGAGUGACAUGGAUAUUUAGACAAUCAUUAAAUAAAACUUCCCGCUGCUUUAUUUUUUAAUAUAUAUUUCUAUGUAUAAAUAUAUAAAUUUAUUAAAACAUAAUAUAAAUGCAUUGACUUUAAAAAGAUACCCAUUUAUAAAAUUCAAAAUAUCCCAGACUUGCUUAAAAAAGGUUUUGAUGGUGAUUUAUUUUGCAAAAAAAAAAAAAUCUUUUCAUAACUUUUAUAGUUUGUGCGAUAUCUCCUUAACAAGGAUUGCUCAUCAACAUUAAUGGUGCUUCAGCCCAUUGAGGACUCUGGCCUGCUCUACCACAUCCUUCCACUUCCAUUCAGACCUAUCAAUGGCAUUUUCAGUGUUGGUCGACAAGUGAGCAGUCUUCCCCUGGGUUUCUUUCUGUUAACCAAAUUUUCUCCUUGAAACAGUUAUUGGGCUGACUUAUUCAAUUUUACAUUUUUCUUUUCAUUUUUUAAUAAAGUGACAUCCACUUUUAGCUUUCUUUAAUUUUAAAAUUACAAUUUUUUUAAAUAGUUUUUCUGUGAUGAUGAUUAUAUUAAUCAUGCGAGAGAGCAUCUGUAGUAUAUAAACUUUUUAAAUAGAUGUUUUUAUUCUCUCAUAAAAGAAAAUAAGUAUUAAUAAUUUGAUUGGACAGAAAACCUGCAUUACAGAUAUAUUCUAAGUGACAUUUAUUAUUUAUAACUGCCUACUAUCCACUGCCGUUGAUUAUGCUUCUACUUAAAGAAACUCAGGCUUAUCAUACUGGUGAUGUUAUACAAAAACUAUAUUUUUAAUACAACUGUUAUUCCUUGAACUUGAAAGUAUUUGUACCAACUGUAAAUUAUUUUUCAAACUGAUUUAAGAUUAUCAGAAGUGUGUUGGACUGCGAUAAAGCUUGCAAGUAGAUUGAGGAAACAACCAUUUUGUGUAAAUAAAACAAAAGUUUCAGCUUUAAUAAUAAAUAAUAAGUCCUUUCUGUUCUUCUGGGCCUUUUUUUAAUUAAAAAAAUUUUUUGGGUAAGAUACAUGUUAUAUAUAUAUAUUAUGUAGUAUGUAAAUUUAAUUUAUACUUAUAUAUGUAUUUUUAUUAAAGCAUUUGCCGAAUGUUUACAUUUGUUUUCUGUAUGAUCAUUAUUAAAGCUGAACCUAUAUUGUUUUAUUUACAUGAAUUGUUUGUGUCUCAUUAAUCCAGAUUAUAAGAAGAAGCUUUUUUUUUCAUCACUUUCAAAAAGCCAUGUUUAAAAUCAUUGUUAUUUAACUUAAGCAGUAACUGAAACUCAUGAAAUUCGAAUGUUAGAUAUUUUUUUUUAAAAAUUUAAUUUGCUUUACAGAUGUUGUGUAGCUUGUUAUUGUGGAUUUAUAUAGCGAUGCCCACACAAAUUAAAAAAAACAACACUAAUGUAUUUGUACAGAUAUAAUCUUUUCAGACCAGUGUUUAUUAUUGCUAUGCUAGUCCAGCGUUUUGCUAUAUGAGAUUAGUUCAAAUCAUUUAUCCACAGCCAUUUUAUAUUAUGCUUCUAUCUACAGAAACUCAAGUUUAUCACAUUGGUGAUGUUAUACAAAAAUAAGUUUAUUUUUUAUUAAUUGGUAAUUCCUGUUAAUGCAUCAGUACUAACUGGACAUUAUUUUUCUUAAUGGAUUAAGAUUAUCAGGAGAAGAUGUUUUACACUUUUUUGUUAAUCCAUGUUUAAAACUAUUUAAAAUUAUUAUUAUUUAAGUUUGACUAUACCAAAAUAACUAUUUCAUAUCAAUCCAAGUAUAUUGAAAAAUCUUUGUCUAGCAACAACAGAAACUCAUAAAAGUAGUAUAUUAUAUAUAUCUUUUAACAUUUUAAUUUGCUUUACUGAUAUUGUUGGUGGUAGCUUGAUAUUGUGGAUUUAUAUAGUGAUGCUGACAAAUGAAAAAGAAAACAAAAAAAAAUUUGUUUAGUCAGGAGUGUUAGCGUUACUGUUAACAGUUCGGCUUUGCUAGUAUUUAGCCGUUUGAGAAACUCAAUUUUUAAAAAAAAACAGAAAUCAUUUAUUGUAUUUAAUUUCGUGUUUACUGAUAGUACUUGUUUUAAUGUACAUGCGAGGAGGCAAUCAAAUCAUGAUUACAGUAUAUACCAUUAGGAUUAAAAUUCUCUUCCAAAUA